AUGGACAUGAAAAUAAAGAUGCCACAAGAGCCAGAAGCCAGAGUCCUGCUAUGGACAGAUAUAACUUACCAUGACAUGGAGAAGAUCAACCAAAUACAGUCCAUCCCAGAGAUACAAAAAGCUUUAUGUGAAGUGCUGGAGAUCGAGCUCCCAGAUCCAAAGCGAGGAAUUUUGCUGGACCUUUAUGUUCAGACAAUACUUUACUGUCGAGAAAAGCAGUAUAAAGCCGCACAGACGUCAACUCUUCUGUCCAUCCUUAAAGCUAUUCACAGGGUUAACGUGGAAACCAUCAUGAACAACAUCACACACUGUCAUUCGUUUUGCAAAGAGCUUCUGUUCCGUCAUUCAGUUCGGCGACCACCAUCGAGCAUUGACCUUUACAACGCAGAGGAAGUGUUCUCCAUCUAUGAAUACAUCUACAACACUUACCUGAGACACUACAGACUUUAUAAGGCUAUUUUUACCCCACAGGUGAAACUAGAUUUGUCACUGACAUAUUCUGAUCAGACAGUUGGUUCUACUCCAGAUAAUGCAGUGGACAGCUUGAAAGACCAAAAACCCGCAGACUGA